CAUUAACAAGCUGUAUACCUGCUGCCAUGUUUAUUGAUUAUGCUUCUGAAAAUAGUUCACUUCACAUAGGAAACAUUAUAGGAUCUCUAAACCCGCUGUCUAGAAAGCUCUGAAUAGAGCAAUGAGCCCUAAAUACAACAUACACACACAAACUGGCAGAUAUAUAGCAUUCUGUCUCAUCCCAUGGGUAUGUAAAUUAGUAGCUGCCACUUGUAGCUGGCUGUUUUGCGUGGUUCAGUUAACCAAACAAGACUAUUAGGAACCAUGUCAAUCUAUAAGGGUCUGAAGUAGCCCUGGGCUGACAUUAGGUGGAACAGUAUGGAGCUGAUUAGUCCUCUCGGUCUGUUUUAGUGUUUGGUAUAAAAUAAGCAGAAUAGUUCAGCAGCAGGAGAACGUCUGGUCCAGUUUCCUCCUCUGAGAGUGUUUGUGAGGAAAUGGCCUUUGGAAGGGGUCAGACUGGAGUCUUUGGAGGUUGCUUUGGAGGUGAGGGAACGGCAACUGUGCAGGAAGUUUUUAGUUACAAAUCUGUGAAGCAUGGCGGUAUUUUGUUGCUUUUUCACAGGCAAUUUGUUAUGUGGUCUCUGGUAUGGUUUCUUUUUACAGCUUUUUACCAGGCCCCCAGACAUUCCAAAUCCAAACUUCUCUUGCUCUAACUGCUACCAUCUGUUGUUUUUUUUAUUUAGGACAUAAUGUACAGUUUUCUAUUGAAUUAUGACAUCUUUUAAAUUAUGAAAGAGUAGCAUUUAUGUCCAUUUCCUUGCCACUUUUUUAUUGUUCUUUUAAGCCUAUAGAUUGUGGAAUAUAUAGCUGAAAGCAGGGUUGUCUUUUAAACUUAAAUGAUACCAGGAAACCUUACCUUCGAUUACCUUCCAGAACCGCAAGGCAUUGGUCCAAAAUAGGAAUUCCGACACUCCACUAGGCCCUACUGAAAAUCUCCUUUGUGUAAAGGCCUGCAGAGGGUCUUCAACAAUGACGGAGUACAAGCUGGUAGUGGUCGGUGCUGGUGGCGUGGGGAAGAGUGCACUGACAAUCCAGCUUAUACAGAACCACUUUGUGGACGAGUAUGAUCCUACCAUAGAGGAUUCCUACAGAAAACAGGUGGUUAUUGAUGGAGAGACGUGCCUCUUGGACAUCUUGGACACAGCAGGGCAGGAGGAGUACAGUGCCAUGAGGGAUCAGUACAUGAGGACAGGGGAAGGCUUUCUCUGUGUCUUUGCCAUCAACAACACCAAAUCGUUCGAGGAUAUCCACCAGUACAGGGAACAGAUUAAACGAGUGAAGGACUCCGAUGAUGUCCCAAUGGUGCUCGUGGGUAAUAAAUGUGACCUUCCUGCCCGCACAGUGGAGACUCGCCAAGCUCAAGACUUGGCUAGGAGUUAUGGAAUUCCCUACAUAGAGACAUCUGCCAAAACAAGACAGGGGGUAGAAGAUGCCUUUUACACAUUGGUGAGAGAGAUCCGGCAGCACAAAUUACGGAAGUUGAACCCUCCUGAUGAGAGUGAAAAAGGCUGUCUGAAUUGUAAAUGCGUAGUAUCCUGACUAGGGUUUUCGGGUCAUUACUUGGCCAGAUAGUGUUUUUCCUGCUCUUCCUCCAGACAAUAGCGAUCAAUGCCAAUUUCGGUAAGGACUGGAAAGAUAGAGUGAGGCUAUAAAGUUAAAGAAGAAUUUCUAUGAAGCCAACGUAGGAUCAGCCUGGAAGUUAUAUUCUGAUAUCCAAUUAAUUAUACCAUGGAUUAUAAUGUCACACCGGUGGGAGUUACUCUGCCAGCAAAUGGGUUAUUAUCAUCCCAAUGAACAGUAAAUGACAACAACUGGGGGCAAAUGACUGUAAUGACUUGGCCAUAUUGUAUUUAUUGUUGCUGGAUAUUGCACUUCAGGACCGGAACUGAAAGUAAUUCGAGAGUUUGUAAUGAAAGGAUUGUUUUACCAAAUGAAUGAAAGAGAUUAGUUACAUCUUGCAACAUCCUACACAGACGUCCGCUAUAAUGUUUUGGGCCCAGGGCCAGUUUAAAAAAGAGCUAUUUGCCCAGGGCCCCCCAGGAUAGGGGGGGGUACUAGCACAUUUUUCAUCUGGGAUCAUUUUUGGCAGAAGCAUCAAACAGAGGUGACAGACCCCUCAUAUUAAUCAACUGGAUGAGCUCUAUAUUAUGGUUGUAGUAUCACCUUUUUUGUCAUGUUUCUGCUCCCAGGGCUCAUCAUGGUGCCACACCUGGGGAUCAUGUCUACUUCAGUAAGUGCACAGACCAUUACUUCACUGCCUGCCUUACUGCAUUGAACUUCACAUGCUUGGAAAAAAAAAGGGAAUUUUUGGGAGCAGCUGGGGCUGCAUAUGCACAGGCCCUGGGGAAGGGAAAACCAACUGCAAUGAAAGUAAAAAGCUACGCAGCAAAGUUAUCAAGUUCCAAUCACAUCCUUGAUUGUAAAGUAAGACUGAUGUUUUCCUUUCCCUUUCUUUAAAAAAAAUAAUUGAAAAAUAAAAACACUAAAAAAAUUGAUAUCAGUAACACCUUAUGGAUAGUUUCAGCCGAAGCCAACCUUGUCCCUGAUGUGUUUAGGAGGGAGCAUUGUUUCCUUGAUCCCCAUUAACUACAGAUGGAGCACACCUUACUGAGGUCUCUCGCUCACAUGGCUUUAUCUUUAUUUCAAAGCAAAACUAGAGACUGCACUCAAACCAAAUUCAUAACCAUUUUCACUCCAACACAUUAUAUGGUAUAUAUACACAUUUUGUACUUUCUGUGCUUCUCAUACUUGUUCUUCACAUCCCAGAAACUCUUAUCAUUCUAUCUUACAUUUUAUUUUCCCCACUCCUCCCACAUCUGCCUGUGUAUUAUCUGCCUUUCCUCAAUUCAUUUUCCUCAUUUACUUUUAUUUGCUCUCCUUUUAUGUAAACUUCUACUUAUGUACACUCAUUCUUCUGCCAACUUUCUAUGAUCCCAUUUUGUUCUUCUAACACUCUUUCCUGCCCUUUUUUAUUAUUUACUCUAUCCCACCAUGUUUCUUUUCCCUCCUUAUGUUCUAUUUUCACAAAAGUGAAAUCCCUGCUCCCUUACUGAGCUGUUGGGGCUGUUACAAGAUAGGGUUGUAACCACCUUUGCCUAUAAAUUGCCAGCUAUGUCUGGGGCCGGAAUUAAAAGAAUUUACUGGUAAUAUAGUUGUCAGUAAAUUUGUAAUGAUUAGGGAUUUGUAAAAACCCGAAUCCACUCCGAUGGAUACGGCUGAAUAUCGAACCGAAUCCUAAUUAGCAUUUGCUAAUUGGGAUUGGUAAGGGCAGCGUGCAGCAAAAAUUGUUUCCCCCUAACAUUUAACCCUUCUGAAUGCUAAUUUAUGCUUAUUAGGAUCCGGUUUGGCCAGGACCAUGGAUUCGGCCAAAACCGAACCAUGCCAAAUCCUGGCCGAAUACCGAACCAAAUCCUAGUCUCGUUGCAUCCCUAGUAAUCUUUAAAUCCCACCUUCCCUAACCCUCUCCACUGUUUGAGAGGGUCCGUUAGGACAGUCCUACCCAUUUCCCUGCCCCUGUGUGACAUCACCUCCUACUCCCUCACCUGAAGGCCAGUAUUACAUAACAGAAAAAGGUGGUGACCCUGUUUCCUGAUGCUGAGAGAUGCUGAUGGCGAGAAGGAAGCUGCAGUCAAAGUUGUCAAAACCAUUAUGGGGGUGGUCAGACCACAUGGCUGGGUACUGGGUAAACAUCGCUGACCACAGUGUCAAGCCAAUCUGCUUCCCCACAGCUGUACCAGGACUUUACAGGAAGAAGUAGCAGCACCAAUGUUUUAGCAGAUGUCAUAUAUGUCAACACUUGGCCUGUUCCAAUCAUAGUCCUUUUCCUCAUUCUACCUGCAGUGGAUAUAAAAAAAGCUAGUUGAUGAUUGGUUGCUUGGGGAUACAUUUUCAGUGUUAGUAGAUGAGAUGCACUGCACUAAUUAUGGGCAGUGUGGAAGCACAUUGUACAUUAUGAAAUGUAAUACAAACCCUAUUGCUGGCAGAUAUUACAGAAUAGAAUGGUGUAUAUUUCUAUUGUAUUCUGUUGAAACAAAAUCAUUUCAGUUUAGAUCAAACCUGUAAAUUGUAUUGUACAUGCGUAUCCAGGCACAUGUUCUCGAUUGUAUUCUUCCUGAAGGAAAUAACAGGAAACUGUAUUUAUUGUACAUAUGCUGCUGCAGAUUUGCAUUAAACGUCUGAUUAUUCAG